AUGAACGACGAGGCGGUGAGUGCCCCCCAGGGGGAACAGCCUGACGAAGCGGAAAUCCAAAGCGGAGGCGACCUCGGAGGAGAAGACGUAACCAGUCCGAAGUGCUCCGAGGGGGCAGAUGAGUUAAUCGGAUUGGCAAGCAUGCUGGAGGAGGAGGAGCAGCAGCAGCAGGGGGAGGAGGACGGCGGGGCUGCCAAGGAAAACGCCAAUGCAGGAGAUGACCCCCUCCACCCAAGCAGCAUCAACGCGUGCACAUCUGAUGAGAACAAAGGAGGAGAAUUACCCCUGAUGGGAGAGGACCCAACGCAGGCAUGGGGAGUAGACACCGGGGGAAACUACCCCCCGAGUAAGGAAGAACCGAACAGCGUGCAUGUUGAAGAGGGUCUAAUUGGCAAUAACUCCAUUUAUAACAAUUCGCCUUACGUGAGCCACAGUGGGGAGGUGGGUCUAAACCAGUUGGGCAUCAAUCAAAUGGCAGAUGCUUCCUCCUCACAUGUGUAUAGCGAAACGGGGGAAGGGGCUCCCGCAGCCAGCGCGGAUUGGACGAAGGCAAAUGGGGAAGACGCGCAGGGAGGCAUUCCCCUCAACGGGGCGGCGCACGAGGAAGGCGGCGCGAAGGGCGAAGAGGUGAAUCCGCCAGGAAGCGUCCAUGCGGACCAAGGUGCGCACGCGAAGCAGGAACAGCAGCCUCACCAACCGCUUCCACACCAACCGCUUCCGCAGCAACCACUUCCGCAGCAACCACUUCCACACCAACCGCCUCCACACCAACCGGUGUGCAUGCGCCCGUCGAACACCUACGUGCGGAACAUCGUGAAGAAGCAACCCGCGAACAUGAAAAACAGCAUCCACAACUUAAAUUUUUUAAAUGUAAAUUCCAUGACGUUCGAUCCGAGCUACUGCAGCGAAGGGGCCAACGUUUUCCUCGGUAGCCCGAAUGGAGGUGCGGCUGAUGGUGACGACGGGAUGGUGAUUAAGAACGCUCGGUUGCCAAGUGGGGCCACCAUGGCCUACUCCAGUGACAUUGCGGAGGAAGACCUCCAUCAUAUUUACUCCCUCCUGAAUGGCGAGCUAACCAGGUCGCCACACAACGAUAAAGAGAUUCACCGAGUGAAGGACGAAAUGAUUAGCCUGCACAGGAACAACCCAACGGAACUGCUCACCUUGCAACGGUGCUACGCCAAUGUAAGAGCGAAUAGGAAGCUAAUCGACGUUUUGUUUGGCUUCCUAGGAGGUGGUAGUGUGGGGAGGCAUACCAAAUGGGAUUCCUCCUUCAGCCAGGGAGCGGCGCUAAAUUAUUUAAGCUACGAGACGGUUAACAACAUGCAUCAGGUGUGGAGACAAGACGUUGCAGGUGUAGGGGCAGCCCAGAGGAACGCCUUCCCUUUCAGCGGGUUUGACUGCUCAGGUGGCCAGGAGAGGGGGGGCGCCCAAAACUGGGGCAGGGAAAAAAAAAAAAAAAAACACAUUGGCGGUGGCGCAGCGAGUGAGUGCGCCGACCUGAGGGGGGAUCCCCUCACCAGCGGAGGAGUAGCUGGAUUAGCGGCGGGAGUAGCGGGAGCGGGAGUGUGCCCCCCUAAUCAGUGGAAUGCCCCUUCUAACCAGUGGAAUGUCCCCCCCCAAGAAGCGCACCCCCUUGGGGGAGUGGGCCCCUGGGCUUCCCCCCCUGCGAUGGUCUACGGCAAGCAUGGCGAAGCGGAACGGACGAUGGGUGGUAACCCUCCCUGGGGAGCAAGCGGAGUGAAGGAGUAUCAUCCCCCCUACGGGCAAACCUUCCAGUGGCUAAACCAAAGCGUGGAAACGAAAAAUGAAAAAUAUAAAGGCAGCCCCAUGGAUGUGGGUUACUACAACUGCCUGUCGGAGGAUAGGAGCUCCCUCGAUUGGGGCAAGCCGGGGGAGGGGCCCAAGGGGAACCCCCACCAGCAGCAACAGCAACCGCAGCAGCAGCAGCAACAGCAACCGCAGCAGCAACAGCAACCGCAGCAGCAACCGCAACCGCAGCAACCGCAGCAACCGCUUAGCAGCGUCUACAAGUGCGUGAGCUGCAAACGAGUGUGCACCCACGUGUAUUACAUCCUAAAGCCUAACAGCGUGAAAAAGAUUUCCUACGGCGUUCUGGAUAAGUGUGUGUGGUGCAAUGCAUGCUUCAACUCAAGUAAAUACCCGAGCAUCCUAAACAGAUCAAAUUUUAUUAAAGUGAAUAUACCGUAUAGCUUCCUUGGGAACGAUUGGAGUGUUACCGAGAUAGAGAGACUGAUCGAUGGCAUUAGCAAAUAUAAAAACAAUUGGGAAAAGAUAAGCGAAUCGAUCGGAACGAAAAGUGCAUAUGAAUGUAUUUUUAAAUUCACAUCCAUGCCACUCUCUAACCCCUUCUUUGAUAUAGAUAACCUCCUUAACAUUAAUAAUGUCUCUUUUAAAUCUUUUAAGCAGAACAACACUCUACUGUCGUUGCUCUCCUUCAUAUGCAAUUACAUCAGUCCCUACAUCGGGGCGUAUGCCGCCAAGAAAAUCGUAGACUUUAUUCUUAACAAGCAGCGCGAGUGCGUCGCCAGGGCCAGGGAGCGGGAGGAGUGCAAGGAGCGGGAGGAUCAUGAAGAGCGUAAGACGCGCGAGCAGUGGGAGAAGCGGGAAAACCCGGAUGUCCAAACGGGGGAAGUUAAAGUGGAGAGUUUCGAGGGGGACCAGGAUGGGGGGGAACCCCGCGGCGAGGACAACCCCCCGGCUGCCGCCCCAAAGGGGGAAGACCCAACUGAAGCGAACUCAACUGAUGAGAAGCCGGCGGGUGCAGAAGGAGAGGGGGCCUCCGAACCGAAGCCGAACGGGGAGGACCUUCCCGAACCGCAGCCGAACGGGGAGGACCUUCCCGAACCGCAGCCGAACGGGGAGGACCUUCCCGAACCGCAGCCGAACGGGGAGGACCUUCCCGAACCGCAGCCGAACGGAGAGGACCUUCCCGAACCGCAGCCGAACGGAGAGGACCUUCCCGAACCGCAGCCGAACGGAGAGGACCUUCCCGAACCGCCUCUGAACGAAGAGGCCCUCCCCGAACCGCCUCUGAACGAAGGGACCCCCCCCGAAGCGAACCAAAUGCCGACCAUCGCCGAGGGGCAGCACGACGAGCUUUCCAAGACGGGCAGCCAGGGCGCCGCCCCGAUGCUGUCCGAAGGGGUGGAAGUGGUAGCGGCGCAACAAGCGGUGGAAGCGGCAGACGCGGCAGAGGUGGCAGGCGCGCAAGAAGCGGUAGUGACGGCAAACGCGGCAGAGGUGGCAGACGCAGCUCACGCAUCUCACGCGGACGUUAAGGCCGAAGGAGACGACCCCAAUGCCCCCGGUGGCAACCCAGAAUUCGUGCCACUCAACGUUAACCUCCCGCCAAAGGACAGCGCCUCCUCCACGUACAUCCUCAACGAGAAGGACAUGCAGGAAAUACACAACACAAUUAUUAACGCCUCGAAGAAGAGGGCCCGCCAGCUCGCAGAUUUGGAGAGGCACAACAUUAGGAAGCUCCUGAAGGAGCUCGCCGUGAUAAGCACCCGGAAGGUCAAGCUCAAGCUCAAGCAGUACCAGUAUUUGCAAAAUUACUUUGACAGUCAGAACCAGCAAAUGGAGCGGAAGAGGGCACGCCACGGCGAUGAAGACAGGGCGGAAGCAAACGAGCAAAACAGCGCAAACGAACAGAGCGAAGAGAAGUGGCACCACCCGCAGAGCGAACAGAAUGGGCAGGAUGCACCCGACGCGCUGGAUGCGCAGGGUCAAGGGGAACCACACGGACCAGACGCCAGCCAAAUGGCACUGUAA